AUGAAGAGGUUUAAAAAUCUCAACAGUGAUCUUCCCGAUAGUAUUUUGUCGUAUAUCUUCUCGAAAUUAAGUUUGAAGGAUUUGGUGAAAAUCAGCACAUUGUCCAAACAUUGGUUUCGCGAAUGGAGAUUAUUAAAGACGGACCUCAAUUUUGACCUUGAUAACAUGUUUGAUUGUUAUACAUUUGAAGAAUUGCGAGAAGAUGUUCAACUCUUUCAAAGGGUUCAAUCACAAUUUGCCACAAGAUUGGAUCGAUUCAUGCUGCAUUAUCAAGGUGACGUGAUUAGUUCAGUUCGAGUAAAAUUUCCAUUAGGCUACGAACAUAGUGAUGUCAUUGAUAAAUUGAUUUCUCAAGGAAUUGCUAAGGGUGCUAAACGUAUUGAACUGUUAAUCUCAGAUAGCACUAAAGAUACUAAUAUUGAUAUGGACAUAGAUAAAUACGAAUUUUCCUUUACCCUCUUAUCUAACACGGAUUCACUGAUGUAUCUGCAUCUACAAAGGUGCCGAAUAGUAACUCCUAUCGACUUCUCUGGAUUGAAAAAUUUGAGAACUCUUGUGUUGCACCUAGUUGAUGUGGAGCAGGAUAUGCUUCAGGGUCUAUUUUCAAAUUGCAUCCAUCUUGUGGACUUCACCCUUGAUAAUUGUUCCUUCUUAUCCGACUUGAAAAUAAUCAGUCCGACAUUGUCUCAUUUGAACAUUGUUAAAUGUGAGGUUUUUGAUGAUGAGAAUAUAGAUAUCAUUGCACCAAAUCUCUUAUCCUUUGAAUAUUAUUGUUAUAGUGGUUGUCUAGGGCACCCAUUGAACAUCAAGGCUCCUAUGUUAUCCCAUUUUAGCUACCGCGGUAUUGAAAUUUCUACAUUCGUUGGGUUUUCUGGUUUGAAAAAUGUAACAACAAUUGCGUUGUAUAAACUCAGUGAAUGUCUCCAAACUCGGGUUUUGCCUCUUUUGUUUAAAGAAUGUCUCCAACUUAAGGACGUCACCAUUAAGAAUUGUGUGAUCAGAUCUGAAAUGACGAUUACCAAUCCAAAGUUGCGUCAUUUGAAAAUAGUUGAUCUUGGUGGCUAUGUCAAUGUACCUCCUUAUAAGAUAACUGUUGAGGCAUUCAAUCUCUCAUCCUUUGAGUAUAGUGGUCCGAAGAGGAUAUUUUAUGUUACAGCUCCAAGCUUAUUGAAGGUUUUUUGGAAUGAAGCUGUGAGUGAGAAAAAUCGAUAUUCCUUGGGUCCAAUUCCAACAUUACAUCAUAUUGAGAAUCUAGCUAUGACCACGAGCCAUUCACAGAUAAAAGAAUUAAAGAUGGUCUUUGGUCAAUUUCAAAAUCUUAGAGGAUUGGAGUUAUUUAUCGAUGAAGCACAUGAUCCUAUAAUUGGAUACUUUUCGAUUUUAGAUAUUUUAAUGGUCUCUCAACGUCUCCAAAAGCUUUCUUUGACGGUUCGAAAUUCACGUGUGGUUCGACUUAAAAGAGAAUAUGCAGGAUUUUUUCACAGUGAUUUGAAAUAUGUUGAGUUGAAUGGUUGUGUAUGCACCAUAAACGCAAUUGAGUUUGCUAGGCAGCUAUUGAGGAAUGCAAAUUCGCUUAAAAAAAUUACUUUUGGCUCUCUUGACAAAUUCUAUAUAGGUGCCGGAAGAUGGACUACAGGCUCCAAUAGUUAUUGGUUUGAACGUAAUUUCAUUCAUGAAAGGCUUAAAGAUGAAGUAAAAGGACAAUGCAAACUUGUAAUUUUGUAG